UCAUCAACCGUCCUUUAUCCUUUCGGGGGUUCCUAACUUCCUACAUAACAAACUAAUCUUUUCCUCUCCUUCCUCCGACCUCGCACAGUCCCUCCCGCUCAUCCUCGGUGGAGAGAAAGUAGAAAGGCAGCGGCGCUCCGAUCGACCCCCACCCGAGCCCACGAUGGAGAGCAAAGGCGACGAUGUGCUCUCCAACCCUAGCGACGCUCCCAAGAAGGACCAAACCCCAACCCUCGAUCAAGAUCAAGAAGUCGACGAGGAGGGGAAGAAGGCCGGGCUCGACGCCGAUGCCGACUCUGAGGGCACCAUCAACCUCCUCCUCGACGAGAUCCGAGCCCUCAAGGCCGAGAAACGGGAGCUCGAGGUCCGGCUCGACGACGCCUGCAAGGAGCUCCACCGCGUCGAGACGGACCAACGCUCCAUCGCCGCUCAUGCCCAUGUCCUAGAGGGCAAGCUCGCCGGCACCCGGAGGGACCUCGCUUCCACCUCCGAGGCCUUCGAGGCCUUGGCCGACCACCUGAAUUGCGCCCUCAAGGAUCUGGAGGCCGACAAGGCCGAGCUCGCCGAUGCCAACGCCAUGCUGGAGGCCGAGAUCUCCGCCCUCGAGGUGCGGCUCCUCGCCGAGGUCGAGGUGAAGGAAGUGGAAGUCCCAACUCUCCAGACAAGGGCCAAUGUUCUGGAGACGAGGGUGAUUGGCCUUGCCGAGGAUCUGAGUCGCUCAAAGAAGCGGGCGGAGGCGGCCGUGAGGGAGAAGGUCGUGAUCCGGGAGCUGCGGGAGGAAGGCCUGGAGCAGGAAAUUAAGGCCCUCGAGGAGAACAAGAAUCGACUGGAGAGGGAGCUCGCUGGAGUCCGGUCCCAGAUCGAGGGGCAUCUUGAGAUACAAAGAGAGCAUGAUGCUGCUGUGGCGGGGACCACGAGGGCUAUCCAGCUUCUUCGGGUGGUGGCAGGCGUGGCGUCGCUGGGAGCACUUAUUGUGGUGGGUGUGACGGUCUAUGACCUUCGCAUCGUCAGGUAGAGGUAAUGCGGGGCUCGAGAGUUAUGAAUUCUUAGUGCUUUCUGAUCAGGAUUUUAGUUGCUACUUUCUUUCUUGACGGUCAUUCUAUUGAGAGUUUUAAGGAUUACAGAUUUACUGCCUCAAGGUUUUGGAUAUGUACAUACACAAACAGUUUGAUAUCUUUCAUUGAAGCUUUAUUCUUAGUAUGGUUUGUAGAUGGAAACUGGGAGACAAAGAAGGAGAUUGAUGUUGUGGCAAAA